UCGGACGCUCGAAGUUUCCAACCUCCUCGCUCUCUCUCUUUCUCUCUCUCUCUCGCGCAUCGUGUUCGAAAAUUUCGACUCCGCCUGAGAUUUGGAGCCAAAAAGAGAGGAGAGGGAACUCCACGAAAGAACGCUACUGUUACAUUACAAUUACAAAAAGGACUAUAAAAACAAAUCAUAAGAAGGGGAAAUAGAAGAGCGCGAUCCCUAAUUCCUAAUUUCAAUUUUCUACCCCUUCGUCCCCAAAUUGGAACCCUCUCCUCUUCCUCAUACGACUCCUCUGAGAGGCGAAUUAGGGUUUCUGAGCCUAGGGUUUCGCCCGGAUUGGGUUCGGAAGAUGAUAGUUAAGCGGACCCUGAGGUCCCAGAUGCAGUCCCUAAAGCGGUGCAAGGCGGAGAGCCCCUCCUUCUCCGGCGACGGCGGCGGCGAGGAGGCUGCGGCGGCGCAGGAGGAGGAGGGCCGAGAGAAGCGGCGGAAGCAGGAGGGCGAAUUCGCGACUCUCGAGGUGGUCGGAGGCUUCUCCGAAGCGGGAAUCGCCCGCGAACGCGGCGGGGACGUGCUAGGGUUUCGCCGUGGGGAGCUUACCUCCUCCGCCGCCGCGGGGGCGCCGUCCUUGUCGUCGGUGUCUCUCGGCCCCGGCGAGAUGGCGUCGGAGCCGCGGGACCGGCCGGCGGGGCCAGCGACGGCGGGGGCGCCGCCGGUGAGGACGUUGAGGGGGCGGGCGAAGGUCCUCCCUUCGCGUUUGAGGGAUUCGGUCCUCGUAGACCCUCUUAAGGAGGAGAAGCCCAGCGCAAAUGGCCCUGAGAACCAUUCUCAGGACAAAGAAGAGCUUCUUGGAGCGAAAGAUCGACCCUUUAGCCUCAAACAGAACCCUAAUUCAUUUGCAUUGUCAGGAGAAGGUGAGUGCUAUCGACCAUGCGGCGAUUUUGGCGAAAACAAGUGUUCUACCUCUUGUAGUACCCUCACUUUGGCGAAUGGAGAUGUGGGUGAGGCGAUGGAUGUAUAUUCAGGUCCAGCGGUGAUCGAAUGCAGGCAACGGAAGGAGGGUGUUGAGAGGAAAGAGGAUUUCUUUUGGCCGGAAGAUUUUGUUUUGGGAGAUAUAGUUUGGGCGAAGUCGGGGAAGAAGUGCCCUGCUUGGCCCGCGAUGGUAAUCGAUGCAAUGUUGCAGGCUCCGGAGAGUGUUCUCAAGUUCUGUAUUCCUGGCGCUAUUUGUGUUAUGUUCUUUGGCUAUUCUGGCAAUGGACACGGAAGGGAUUAUGCAUGGGUGAAACAGGGGAUGCUUUUUCCGUUCAUAGACUAUCUAGAUCGGUUUCAAGGGCAGCAAUUGUAUAAGGCCAACUCAAGCAGUUUUCGGAUGGCUAUAGAGGAGGCUUUCCUUGCUGAACACGGCAUUUUUGAUGUUCAAUUUAAUGGGCCGAAUACAGAUGGGCAGCCAACAUACAACCAAUCUAUUCCUAAGAGCUUGCAGGAGGUCACUGAUUCAAACAAUGAUCAGGAAUGCCAGUCCCAGAUACAGGCGGUAAGCAAAUCAGAACUGCAUUGUAGAAGUUGUGGGUUGAGUCUUCCAUCCAAAAGUGCAAAGAAAAAGAAGUCCGAAGAUUCAGAACAAUUACUCUGCAGAAUUUGUGCUAAGCUGGUAAAGUCAAAACAAUAUUGCAGCAUAUGCAAGAAGAUAUGGCAUCACACCGAUGGGGGGAAUUGGGUUUGUUGUGAUGGAUGCCAACUUUGGGUUCAUGUAGAAUGUGACAGAACAUGCAGCAACAUAAAGGAUUUGGAAGACACUGAAUACUUCUGUCCUGAUUGCAAGGCAAAAACUAAAAGACUAUCGGAGAAAGAAAAGAAGCACUCAUCUAGUGAGUCGCGAUGUAACAGCAGUGUGGAGAAAAGAUUGCCUGAGGCAAUACCUAUUUGGUGUCACGGCAUGGAGGCGUUAUAUUUACAUGAGCAGCAUGUGGUUUUAUGUGAAUGCAGUUCCUGCAAGAAAAGGAAGCUAAGUCUUAGUGAGUGGGAGAGACAUACAGGUUCCAAAAGAAAAAAUUGGAAGAACAGUGUUAAAGUCAAAAGCACAAUGGAGUUGCUAGUGAAACUGCUCGAAAAUUCAUCUUAUGGAAAUAUUGCCAUACAUGUUUCUCCGAAACAAAGGGAAGAAAAGCUUCUUGACUUACUUCAAGAAGCUUAUGACCCAGUGUAUGCUAAAUGGACAACUGAACGAUGUGCUGUUUGUCGAUGGGUUGAAGAUUGGGAAUAUAAUAAAAUGAUUAUCUGCAAUAGAUGCCAAGUAGCUGUUCACCAAGAAUGCUAUGGAGCAAGAAGUGUUCGGGAUUUCACUUCGUGGGUUUGCAGAGCUUGUGCGACACCUCAACAGAGGCAGGACUGUUGUCUUUGCCCUGUUAAAGGUGGUGCUCUCAAGCCAACAGAUGUAGAUUCACUUUGGGUUCAUGUCACAUGUGCCUGGUUCCGACCUGAAGUCACAUUUUCCAGUGAGGAGACAAUGGAACCUGCAAUUGGCAUAUUAAAUAUAGCAUCAGAGUCUUUUAAGAAGACAUGUGUGAUAUGCAAGCAGAUGCAUGGUUCUUGCACAAAAUGCUACAAGUGUUCUACUUACUACCAUGCAGUCUGUGCAUCAAGAGCAGGCCAUCGCAUGGAGUUGCACUGCUCGGAAAGAAGUGGCAGACAGAUAACAAAAUUCAUUUCAUACUGCACGGAUCAUGGAGCUCCAAACCCAGAUAAUGUUUUAAUUGUACAUACUCCAAAUGGAGUUUUCUCUACCAAAAUUUUGCUCCAAAAUAAUGACAAGCAGGCCUUUGGGAGGCUUAUUAAUAAAGAAGUCUCUAAUGGGGCUAUCUUACCUGCUGAACACCCUGAAGCUUCCUCAGCUAUGAGAUGCCUAAUUUACAGAAAGGCAGAACCUAAGAGGAGGCAGAAUGAGGCUAUUGCCCACCGUGUAAUGGGGCCUCGUCAUCAUUCUUGGGGUGCAAUUGAAAGUUUGAAUCCGCCUGUGGAUGCAAGAAAUUCUGAAUCAUUUUCUACAUUCAGAGAACGACUUAAGUACUUGCAGAAAACUGAAAAGUAUAGAGUCUGCUUUGGAAAGUCUGGAAUACAUGGAUGGGGCCUAUUUGCUCGUAGGAACAUUCAGGAAGGAGAAAUGGUAAUCGAGUAUCGUGGUGAGCAAGUCAGGCGCAGUGUUGCAGAUCUAAGAGAAGCACACUAUCGGCUGGCAAAGAAGGAUUGUUAUCUUUUUAAAAUAAGUGAAGACGUUGUGGUAGAUGCUACAGAUAAAGGAAAUAUAGCUCGUUUAAUAAACCACUCGUGUAUGCCCAACUGCUACGCGAGGAUUAUGAGUGUUGGUCAUGAAAACAAUCGGAUUGUACUUAUAGCUAAAAGAGAUGUUUCUGCUGGCGAAGAGUUAACAUACAAUUACUUAUUCGAUCCUGAUGAGGCUGAGGAAUGUAGAGUCCCCUGUCUCUGCAAUGCUCCUAAUUGCCGCGGAUAUAUGAAUUGAGAGAUUCGGACGACACAGCUAUUUUUCUUAUUUUAUAUGUAUUUUUUUAAUUUUGGAAAAAUGUCCUUUUCUUCUUUUCUACCUCAUUCUUUCUGCUUCACUGGGGUUCUCUGUCCCAUUUGAUGAGCUCCCUGUGUAUCAUUAUUUUUUUCCAUUAUUGAAAUGCAUUUAGCUUCUUUGACCUGCUGAUCUUUGUUUGAAAAUGUCAAACUUUAUUAUUUGAAGUUUAUAAAAUGCAGAGCAAUCUGCAUUUAGCAA